AUGAGAUUGAAACUUAAAUCAAAUAAAGGAAUAGAAACAAUAACAAUAGAUAAAGAAACUGCAUUUAAACAGUUUUUAGACAAUUACAUAAGAAAAGAUUUAGAAGAAGUCACAUCAAUAAAAACUGGUUUCCCACCAAAACCAAUAGAUCUAAAUCAAACAUCGGGCUCAAUUUCAGAUAAAGGUAUCAAAGAUGGAGAUCAAUUACUCAUAGAAUAUUUAAAAGAAACAUCCAAGAAACGAAAAUCAGAGCCGGAAUCAUCAACAGACAACAAGAAAGCAAAUUUCGACAUACCGCAAGUAUUAAUUCCGCUGUCUAAUUCAUAUCUUAAACUUCAUAAUAUCCCAGAUGAUAAUUCAUGUUUGUUCAAUUCAAUAUCAUAUGCUAUAAAAGGGCCACAACCGCAAGAAUUAAGAAAAAUUGUUGUGGAGUAUAUUGAAAAAGAUCCAAUAUUAUAUAAUGAUGCAAUUUUAGGUCGAGAUAGACAAGAUUAUUGUAAAUGGAUACUUAAAAAUGAGAGUUGGGGAGGUGCGAUUGAAUUAGGUAUUUUAUCUUCCCAUUUCAAAGUUAGGAUAAUUUGUAUCGAUAUAGAAUCUGGUAAUUUCAUGCGAUUUGAGACGGGUAAUGAAGAGAAAUACAUUAUGUUGAUUUAUUCAGGGAUACAUUAUGAUGUUCUUACUAUUAAUGAUAAAGGAAAUUGGAAAUUGCCUGAAGAUAAGGAUAUAAUUAAAGCUGCUGAUACAUUGACUAAAAAUUUACAAGAAAAGGAUUAUUCAACUAAUACUACUACCUUUAGAGUUAGAUGUCUUGACUGUUAUUCUGUUUUAGUUGGUGAAAUGGGUGCUUCUAAUCAUGCUAAUGAAACUGGACAUUUAAAUUUUGGUGAAGUAAAGUAA